AUGAGUGCCUACAAUCAAAAAGGUCUUAACUCCAUCUUCACUGCAAUAUCAGCUGAAAAAUUUAAGUUUAUAUGUCAUUGCAAAACCUCAAAGGAGGCUUGGGAUAUUUUGGAAAUUAUUCAUGAAGGGAAUGCCACUGUAAGAGAAUCCAAACUUCAACAAUUGAUGACUAAGUUUGAAAAUAUGAAGAUGCUUGAAACUAAAAAAUUUGCUAAAUUUUAUGCUAGAUUGAGUGUGGUGGUGAAUGCUUGCAGCAACCUUGGUGAUGCAAUUCCUGAACACAGAAUAGUGAAAAAGAUUUUGAGAUCUCUGCCUAUGAUGUAUCACACCAAGAAGACAGCGAUUGAAGAGUGUAAGAAUUUGAACAAUUAUAAACUUACUGAAUUAAUUGGUUCUCUUACCACUUAUGAGAUGGAAUUUCCAGAAAUAAAGAAAAGCAAGGGCAUUGCUCUAAAUACAGUGAAAGAAGAUGGAAGUGACAGUGUGUCAGAAGACAAAAUGGAUUAUGCUUUGCUUACAAAACAAUUUCGUGAGUUUUUAAAAUCUAAGAAUUCAAGACCUGGUGAACAAAGAGGAAAUUCAGGUUCAAGUACAAGAGGGAGUCGUCCUCGUGAGUUUACUUCUGACAAGUUAUCACAUACAACUAGAACUAUGGAGAAAAAGGGCUCUAAAGAUUCACUGAAGUGCUUUGAAUGUGGUGGAUAUGGACACUUUGCCUCUGAAUGCGCAAAUAAUUUGAGGAAGCAAAAUAGUGGGAAAAAUAAAGUAAUGGCAGCAACUUGGAGUGAUAGUAAGUCUGAUAAUGAUUCAAGUUCAGAAAAUGAAGAUCAGGUUAUUGCUUACUGUGGGAGAAUUCAUGCGCAAAAGGAUGAGAACUCUGAUGUUGAAGAACCUGAGAUAGAAGUGGCGAUGAAGCAAUUCAACAGUCUCUAUGAUUCCUCUGAAAAACUGAAGAAGAAAAAUGCAGAGCUUGCUGAUCAAGUGGUCUUUCUACAAGAAGAACUGACUAGGACUGAAGCUGCCUUUCAAUCCCAGCUGAAAACAGAAGAAAAUUUGCGUGGGUGGCUUGAAAAAAUUCAGAUGCUCCAAGACAAGUACCAGCUGCAGAAAGAUAUGAAUGUUUCUCUUACUUUCGAAAGGGACCAUGUUAGUGCUGAAUUAAAAUUAGCAAUGGAAAAAAUAUUUGGUAUGAUCAUUGGUGCAGAGAAGAUUGACAGGAUGUUAAGUCUAGGAAAAAGGGCUGGUGAUACGAGAUGCUUGGGUUUUGAAAGUGAAAGGUCUAAGCAAGAGGUCAAAGCUGUGAAAUUCAUCAAAGAAUCUUCUUCUACUGAAGUGAAGGUUAGCCUAAAGAAAUUUAUACCAAUCUGUCAUUUUUGUGGAGUUUUUGGUCAUAUACGACCUAGAUGCAAAGUGCUUAGAAAGAAGAAGAGGUCAGCUUACAGCUAUUCUCCAAGAAAUUUUAAUCCAUCUCAAAGAACCAAACUAGUGUGGAGAAAAAAGGAAGAAAAAUGCUUGGUGACUUUAAUGGCUUUAUCUGCUAGAAAAUCUGAUACAUGGUAUUUCGACAUUAGUUGUUCAAGACAUAUGUCUGGUGAUAAAUGUUGGUUUACAAAUCUGAAUACAGAGUGUAUGGAAGGCUCUGCAAAUUUGAUAAGCAUCAGUCAACUUUGUGAUGAUGGUAGCAGUGUGUGGUUUGAUAAAGAUCAAUGCUAUGUUGCUGAUUUGCAAGGAAAGAAGGUUAUGAGUGGCAUGAGAUCCAAAGAUAAUUGCUAUUGUAUUCAGGUGAAUGAGAACAAAAGUCUUGUGUGCAACCGAGCUACUGAUGACGUGAUGGAACUGUGGCAUAGAAGACUUGGUCAUAUCAACUUUCGUGAUCUCUUGAAGUUGUCCAAGAAUGAGUGUGUCAGAGAGUUUUCGUGGCCUAUGCAACAGAAAAAUGCUUCACAUGUUACUACCAUGAGACUUCGAACAGACCAUGGAACGGAAUUUGAAAAUGUAAGCUUUGCUGAAUAUUGUGAAGAGAAAGGAAUAAAGCACGAAUUUUCAGCACCUAUUACACCUCAACAUAAUGGGGUGGUUGAGAGGAAGAAUCGCACCUUGCUUGAAAUGGGUCAUGUGAUCUUGACAAGUGCUAAGAUAGCAAAGAAAUUUUGGGCAGAAGCUAUUAGCACAACAUGUUAUACAGCAAAUCGUGUAUAUCUUAGACCGGGCACAACUUCAACUCCUUAUGAGCUUUGGAAAGGCGAAAAUUCUGUGGUGCCUCAGCUGUACCGGUAUAGCCGGCUAUCCAACGGCUGA